UAGUCAUGGAGUUCGUACAGUCCCUAACUCAUCCGCUAGAGCUAUGGGCGCUGCUGAGGUUCAAAUUCGGUGGAGCAACCAACCUAGACACCGGCUCGCUCUCUGCCAACAUGAGACGAUGCUAUGAGCUACUGCGACAGACCAGCAGGAGCUUCGCCGCAGUGAUACAAGCACUGGACGACGAACUAAGGCCUGCCAUAUGCAUCUUCUACCUGGUGCUGAGGGCUCUGGACACGGUCGAAGACGACAUGACAAUUCCCAGAGGCGAGAAAGAGGGAAUCCUCAGGAAAUUCCACUCCCAUCUCUACAAUCCCGACUGGAGAUAUAUGGACAGCAAUGAGAAGGACAAGGCCGUCCUGGAAGAGUUUCCAGUAAUAUCAGGUGAGUUCAGAAAACUGGAGCCAGUGUUUCAGGAGGUGAUCUCGGACAUUACCCGGGAGAUGGGGUCUGGGAUGUGCGUCUUUCUCGAAGACAGGGUUGGCUCCAUGACCCAGUGGGACGAGUACUGUCACUAUGUGGCAGGUCUGGUAGGAAUCGGGCUGUCUCGACUGUUCUCGGCCUCUGGUCUUGAGGCGGAGGAGGCGUGGAGUCAGUUUGGGUCCCAACUGGAGGAUCUGGCUCUCCCCCAACACAGAACAGCUGCAGUUCACUGUCUCAAUCUGCUCAUCACCAACGCCCUGCAACACGUCCCCGACGCCCUGCUCUACAUGUCCCGCAUUCGCAACCAGAGUGUCUUCAACUUCUGUGCCAUUCCUCAGGUUAACUAUCAUACAGAACCCCUCUCAUCGGGACGUGUGACAGAAUAAAGUGUCCAUAUUAGUGAAGUUUAUUUCAGGGGUAAAUUGCACGAAAGAGCUUUCUCAGUGGAAAAUUUACGAUGUAAUCCACUCUAGUGAAUUGUUGAAGCACUUUUUUCACAUCACUCCUCACAGACGAUGGCGAUUGCCACGUUGGCUGUGUGCUACAACAAUCCCAAUGUGUUUACUGGAGUUGUGAAGAUCAGGAAAGGUCAGGCAGUGGCCCUAAUGAUGGAGUCGACCAACAUGACACAGUUCCAGGCCAUCAUGACCCAGUUUUCUGAGCAGGUGACUCAGAAGAUAGAAGAAGAAGGUGAUCCAAGUGCCAGUGAUACCAGAGCCAUCACACAGCAGAUCAGGAACCUCUGCUGCCAGUCAAGAUCACAACACCCCUCCCCCUCCUCCCCACUGUCACCCCAGGCACUCAGUCUUCCACUGGUAGGUCUAGUAAUGGCUGGAGCUGCAGCCUCACUCGCCUACUGGAGCACCAACUACUCUUCCACAACCGUCUGAACAAACUGACUGCAUUACCAUGACGUUCGUGUUUGUGCUUUUUAUGCUUGGACCACGAUUAAUAUUGCCCGGUGUAUUAAUAUCUCGUGGCAUUCUGCUUCACGUACUCCUUUGCCUACUUUGUGACAGAGUAGUGGAAGGCCAGAUCACGCACCCCAAAAGGCUGAAAUGGCUGUGCUUUAUAUUAUAAUUAUAUUUACAUGCUGUUUGUACCCAU